UGUUCAAUAUUAAGUCGUGGGCACGACAGCAGAACCAUCAGAUAUAGCGCGUGUCCCGCGGUGCUCUGAACGUCUAUCAUGCACAACACUGAGCAAAAGAUGCUUCUUAUUAUUUACCUCUUGCAGGUGGUUAUACUGUCAUGCUAUGCAGCACCAAAAGCAUAUAAUGUAUAUCCACUCAUUUUGGAGGAGCGCAACACCGCCGGAAAUUUGGUUCUCCAGCUGAGUGAUAAGAUAACACUCAAUCUCGAAAAGAGCAGUGUAAUCGCCGACAACCUUAUCUUUGUUACGAGUACAAAAGAUCUAAACGACGUGGAAACAGUAGAUACGUCUCACAUCCGACAGAAUAUAUACCAUGACACACACUACCAGUCCUCCCUGAUGGUGCGACAGAAAGACGGCAACGUGGAAGUCGAAGGUAUCAUCAAUGACAACUUACGAAUUAAGCCUCUCCCAGAACGCGAACGUUCAUUGCAAGGUCAGAUGCUACACAAGAUAUUUGAGGUAGAUCCAAUCAAAGGAAACUUCAUCAAAGCAGAGCCCGAAAUUCUGCGCCUGAGGGAAAGGCAGAACAACAAGAACAGCAACGGCAGUCACAAAGGCUCUCACUCUCCUCAAUCACGGGCUGCGAGCGUUGACAAGUUUCCCGUCGAGCUUCACAUCAUUUCCGAUAGAGCACACCAGCAAUAUUACAAGAAAAAUCAGGAAUUGAUUACAUACUUGGCAAUCAUGGCUAAUGCGGUAAAUUUAAGGUACUUGGACAUGGAGAACCCUAAAAUCAGCUUCCUUCUUGUUGGAGUGACAAGGGCUAAGGACCAUGACUUCGCUAAAAAUAACUACGGUGAGAUUGAAGCAGGAGAGAUGCUGAGUGGACUACAAGCUUACACCAACCAAGGAAGGGUACCAGGGAAAUAUGACGUUGCGUUCCUUAUUACGGGGCUUGACAUAAUCAAAUUUGUCAAUGGAAGAAAAGACAAGAAUAUUAACGGACGUGCAUAUAUCGGAGCAGCCUGCUCGAGGUCUGGAAUUGGUGAGGGGGAAGAUGUACCUCAUACCUACGACGGCGUAAAUAUGCUUGCCCAUGAACUGGCCCACUCGUUAGGGUCUCCUCAUGACGAAACCCCAGAGUGCCCAUGGUCCGACGGAUAUCUCAUGAGUUACGUGGACGGAGGUUUGAGGAAGUACCGGCUCUCCAGGUGUAGUCAGAAGAAGAUUAGACAAUAUGUGCGGAAGCAAACGGAGGAAUGCAUCAAAGUUGUGAACGAGCAGAACUACAUGAAGAACCAGAAGAAAUUACCAGGGCAGACUGUUCGUAAGCUGUAUUAUUGCAAGCAAUUGUUGAAGAAAAAAGCGCAAGGGCGAGAGAUCGCUCUGGGAAAGAGCGAUGGUUGCCAUAUAAGCUGCUGCUGCCACAACAUCGGUUAUAUGACUUGUUAUAAAUACGCUAGGCUGGACGGCAUGGCGUGCGGGCAGGGCAAGACUUGCAAGAGAGGUGUCUGUGACAAUCACAAAUGGCUCAACUGAGACAGUACUACUGUUAUCAAUAUUGAAGUGACAAUAAAAAAUUGCAAUGAAAAUGAAGAUCUUGCAGUACUCUCAGUACCUAUAUUCCAUUCGGGCUGGUCUCUAAAAAGCAUGAGGAAUGUUACUUCAAACGGGC